AUGCUUUCUCAUAUUACUUUUUACCAUUUUCUAUCGCAGCAAUUAAAGUAUUCGAAAAUUCCAACCUCACACAGCCAAAUUCCUCACUGUUUCGUUUUUUCUUUCUUAUUGUUUCUCAAAACAGACCUUGUCGAAAUAUCUAACACUAUAACAACCUUCCCCCGUUAUAAUCCACUCUCUCUCUCUCUUUCUCUCUCUCUCUUUUUCUCUCUGUUUCUUUCUCUUCCGCCUACAAUUCUCCUCACCCCACCAACGACCUGCCACUUUUAUCAAAACAAACUCCCGUCUCCUUCACACUCCUCCACCCGUCGACCUCGAUCCCGAGCAUUUUCUCUUUCUUUCUUUCUUUUUCUUUCUUUUUUUUUCAUUCUUCCUUUCUUUCUUUCUGUUUUUCGCAGUAAUGGCUUCCUUUGUAAUUUCUUUCUUCCUUUCUUAUUUUCACUCAUUUCUUUCUUUCGUUAUCACGUUCUUUCUUUCUUUCUCUCUUCCUUUCUUUCUUUUUUCUUUGUUUCUUUCUUUCAUUCUUCGUUUCUUUUUUCUUCCUUUUUCUUUCUUUUUCCUUUCUUUCUUUCUUUCUUUCUAUUUUUCGCUGUAAUUGCUUUCUUUUUUUGUAAUUUCUUUCUUUCUGAUAUUCACUCUCAUUUCUUUCUUUCUUUCAUUCAUUCAUUUAUUCGUUGUUUCUUUCUUUCUGCCGUAAUUCAUUGCUUACUUUUUUCUUUUUCUUUCCAUUUUCGCUGUAAUUGUUUUCUUUCUUUGUUAUUUCUCUCUUUCUUUCUUUCUUUGUAA